GGGACGGGGGGGGAGGGAGGGGGGGGGUGGGGAGGGACGGGGGGAGACGGGGGGGAGGGACGGGGGGGAGGGACGGGGGAGGGACGGGGAGGGACGGGGGGGGAGGGGACGGGGGAGGACGGGGGGGAGGGGGGAAAGGGAGGGGGGGCCAGGGACGGGCCAGGGACGGGGCCAGGGACGGUGCCAGGACGGCCAG